AUGCCUAAAACAACCCCGAGACCGGACGGGCAGGCUGUCGCCCAAGCAACACAACCCUCGAAACGCUUCGAACUGCCAGCACUGGACUUCCAUUUUGGCUCUCUUACGGAGGGGACUAACAUCCCACCACCCCUGCCAUCGCCAGUACAGGAGGUCCCCACGCCGCCCAAGACUCCGCGGUCAGAGAAUGUGUCGAUGAAGGAAGCCACUGAGAUAACCAAUGGGCAUGCCAAUGGCGCAGAGACGUCGCCUAAGUCCGAUACCACCAGCUCGACAGCAGCAGGGCUGAAGCGCACAGCUGAGCAAGGCCCCGCUUCACCAACGGAGUCCAGCCGUGGUAGUCUGAGGCGUUACCUCAGCAAGAAUCUGCUGAAUGGUACAUACGAUGAGCAUGGCUCGAUCAGCGGACAGGGCGCUUCCAGGCCCCCAAGCCGUACAGCGAGCGUCAUGGCAGAAGAGCGGAAGUCCAAACGAGGGAGUGGAUGGUUCCGACGUCUUCGCUCGGGCGAGUCAAACAAACCAAACAACUCGAACAAACGGAACAGCGUAAUGCAAUUCGAGGAUGUAAAGCAGGAGAGGGCACCACCACCUCCGAUGAUCCCCGAACUAAGCUCCUGGGAGUCCAAGGUCGAUACGAAAAUAGGCGACGACCUGUUCAAAGAAAUCAAGUAA